AUGGAGAAGAAAAUACGGCCUUAUGUUGAUCAGGUCCUAAUGUAUGAAGACUCACAUCGUCAGGAGGCUGCUCGGAAUACAGUGCCUGUGGAGAAACUUGAGGAGAAGGCAUUAGUUGCAUUGGCAAAGGAAGAUGUGAAAGGGGAAAGUAAACAACUUAAAGGAUUUACCCAUGAAGGCUAUAGCAAGAAAAAGAAAGAGAGAAGGCUCGACAGAUAA